AUGCCAAGGUACGAGCUGGCGUUGUGGGACUUACUGAUGGUGCUUGCUGGCUGGAAGAAGCCGAGCGCGAGCUUGCCGUUUCUUGAGAUGAGGUUGGUGCCGAUGGCGAGCACUUGGCCUCCUGUAAGAGUAUCACUUGCUGCAGAGGAGCAUGAAGGGGCGUGCAAGAGGAGAAACCCGAACAAUAUGUAG